AGUAACAUGUGGAGGCCUAGGCUGGAAGUGUUCUCGGGUCUCCUGGCCCAGGCGGUUCCGCGGAGGCCUUGUAGGGCCGAGCCACGCAUGUUGCAAAAGUCGGUGCCGGGGCCUGGAACGGCUCUGCUCUGCAGCCUCCCUGCCCUCGCAACAGGGCCCGUAGCUGUAGCUUCCUGGUCUCCGGGACAGUUCAAUUCUCAGUUUCAAGGCUUCAGAGGCCAGAUUCCAAAGGUCAAAAAGCAGAGCAUUCAUUUGAUGAAUUUGAGGAAAUCAGGAACUUUGGGUGACAAAAAUUCACUGGAUGAAACCACUUAUGAAAAACUUGCAGAGGAAACACUGGACUCCUUAGCAGAUUUCUUUGAAGAUCUCGGAGACAAGCCUUUCACAUCUAAGGAUUACGAUGUUUCUUUCGGGAGUGGUGUUCUAACAAUAAAGCUGGGCGGCGACCUGGGAACCUACGUGAUCAACAAACAGACCCCCAACAAGCAGAUCUGGUUGUCUUCUCCAUCCAGUGGUCCCAAACGCUACGACUGGACAGGGAAGAAUUGGGUAUAUGUUCAUGAUGGAGUGUCCCUCCACGAACUGCUGGAAAUGGAGUUUUCUCAAACCUUGAAAACUCAAUUAGACUUGUCUUCCCUGGUCUAUUCUGGAAAAGACACUUGACGUAAUCUAAUUUUCAAAGACACUGAGAACUAUAGACGAAGAGUACCUCCUCCGCACAUGAAUUUGUUUUUGUCCUUUUGUGUUUUCCCCACGAUUAGCUUCAUUGUAUGUGAUAGUUAUAUGAAAAUAAUAUAUAUUUCUAACCUCUAA